GCAUUGAAAUAAAAUUCCCUGUUUCAUUCAAAUACAUAACAGAGGGACGAUAUACACUAGAAAUUGCUGUGUGCGUUGAAGUACAAAGUAUUGAGAGGGUUUUCUGUGUCGAGACUUCUUCAAUAUUAACUGUGUUUUAACUGUUGAAACUCACUGUCGUGUAGGAAUACAUAGAACUGAGUGGCAUCUGUAGUUCGAUUUAGAAUUGUGUGAAGUUGUGAACUCAAGACGAUCGAGAGUGACUGGUUUCAUUGAGGCUGAAGUGAUAUCGCUGAAAAUAAUGGCAGAUCAGUUGACUGAGGAACAGAUUGCAGAGUUCAAAGAGGCUUUCUCUCUUUUUGACAAAGAUGGAGACGGGACAAUCACAACUAAGGAACUAGGAACCGUGAUGAGGUCACUUGGCCAGAAUCCAACCGAAGCAGAGUUACAAGAUAUGAUUAAUGAAGUUGAUGCAGAUGGAAAUGGUACUAUAGAUUUUCCUGAAUUCCUCACAAUGAUGGCAAGAAAGAUGAAGGAUACAGAUAGUGAAGAGGAAAUUAGAGAGGCUUUUAGAGUAUUUGACAAGGAUGGUAAUGGUUUCAUUAGUGCAGCUGAACUUCGUCAUGUUAUGACGAACCUUGGAGAGAAAUUAACAGAUGAAGAAGUAGAUGAAAUGAUUAGAGAAGCAGAUAUUGAUGGUGAUGGGCAAGUAAAUUAUGAAGAAUUUGUCACCAUGAUGACAUCAAAAUGAAUGAAGCCUCUUGUCAACCUGUAAUUAAAAUGUUAAAUAUUUAUACUGGUUUUCUGCUUUCCAGUUUUAUGAUUGGUGUUAACGUAGAUUUAACACCCAUUUGGUCUUGGUAUUUUCCUUGUAAAAAAAAUUUUGUACCAUAUUCCACAAGCAAAAUUGUGUGAUUAGUUUUUGGAGUUCUUCACUUUAACAUCCUAAUCCAUGCUACUUGUAUAAAUUUCAUCAUAAUCAUAAAAGAUAUUCAAAUUCUAUCUUUGUUUUGGUCUUUAAGAUGUGAACAAGAAAAUCCUACAUUCCAAACCAUUGUUUACCAGUAUAAGUUUGAAUGUGAGAUUUCAGUAAUAGUUACUUAGAAAUACUGUUUGUUCAGUUAUCCAUUAGCUACUUGAAAAGUCAAAUCUUAUCUUUAAACUGAAGACAAAUUCAUAUAAAUCAUCAUUAGUUGUAUCAUUGAAGUUUUCAAUAAAAUACAAACUUUAACACCU